AUGUCAAGUGUCAAUAUAGAGAUUAAAGGAAUCAGAUCAGACAUUCAAUUAGAAGAUUUAGGAAGUAGCAAGAACGGUUGGAAGGAGUUACUGUCUAUUGUUAAGAAUAACGGGAAUAGUUCGGAUUUAUCAUCCACGGAUAUUCGUUCAAAAUACUUGAGCAGGCCGUCAGAAGUUUUAUCUGGCGUUUCUAAAGAGGAUAUCCGUUAUAGGAAUUGUACAGCUUGCCACCAGCCGGUAUUGGUGUCAGCUAUUAUAGAUCAUUUAGAGAAUCACUGUAUUGAUAAAAUGCCUGUGAAAAAGAAUGAGACGCAGGAUAUCAUGUCUUCUCCUGCUAAAAGUAAGGGGAGUAAUAAGAGAUCCUCGUCGAUAGAUCCUGAGAAUUUCGAUUCACCUUCAAAGAAACAGAAAUCAUCCACUCCUUCUGGAUCGACUAGAAAACAAAGGAAGAUAAAACAGCGAAACCCGACAGAGCCACAUCUGGUUAACUUCGAUAAACAGUGUGGUGUACCAUUACCUGAAGGUGGUGUUUGCGGUAGAUCAUUAACAUGUAAAUCGCACUCAAUGGGAGCGAAACGUGCAGUGGAGGGACGGUCACAGCCAUUUGACAUAUUAUUAGCUGAUUAUCAGAAACGCAACCAGUUGAAAUCUUCGGCGUCCAAGACUAGAAUCCAAAAGGCACAGCAAAAUCAGCAGGAUCCACAAGUUAAACAAAAGGGGAAAGAUAAAAACACUGGGAAAACCAGCAGCAAUGAAGUGGUCAAUGAGUCAUUACCCAAAUUGUCCCCUGAAGAAGAGACUACUCUGGUUUUGAACGGUGUUUCACGUUCAUACCCACUACCGUUAGAAACUACGGUAUUGACUUCUACACGAUCAAGAACCAAGUACGUCAGAAUGAGAGAAAUGUUUGGGUCUGCUUUCAGUAUAAAACCAGGCUUUAAGAGCCCUGGAGUUGGUGCGUUCCGCUCAAGGGUCGGUCUUAUUGACAUUGAUAGAACGACUGAUUAUACGUUCCGUAUACGUACGCCUCAACCUAUUAACGCAUCACCUCAAAACUUGACACCAGAACAGCUUCAAAUAUUACAGGCCCAACGUUUGAAACAACAACAGCAGCAGCAGCAGCAACAACAGCAACAACAACAGCGGCAACGACAAUCUAGUGCUACCGGAUCGUUAUCUCAAAUGCAAAUGCAAAUUCCACAGUCAGUUCAGGCUGGAAAACCUGCAGGGCAACAACCCAUGAUGACCCAGGGCAUCACCCCUCGGGAUAUUCAAACUCAACAGCUAAUAAUGCAACAACAGCAACAGAAACUCCUGCAGAAGAAAAGAAUGGAAGACGCCAGUGCUCAACUAGAUACGGCUUCUAAGUUGAUGCAGCAAACAAUAGGCUCACCGGUUAAUACUCAAAGUCGAAGCAAUUCAAAUCAACCUGGUGUUCAAUUUGGUGUAAAUGGAUAUGGAGGAAGAGUUAAUUAG